AUGAGCUUCUCCAUUGCACACCGCGUGCACCAACCUCCUCGUCAUCUUCCCCAUGCUUCCGCAAACAAAGCAGCCACGCUUCAUCAUCAUUCACACCACCCAACACCUAUUGUUUCCUUUCUUCAGACUGCAACACUUUCAAAGGAACCAACGUGGAAGCAGAUUAACCAAGUCCCAUACUCAACCACUCAUUCGAAGAGAACUUGGGCAUCUGACAUAGACCCGCCGCACUUGUGUCUGAAAUCAUUAAGGGAGACUCAUGGAAUGGCUUUGAAAUGUGGAUUCGAUGCAAUGCAGAUUAGUGCAACCAAUGCCCUUGCUGAUGCAUAUGCCAAAUGUGACUCACUUGAAGCUGUAGAAAAUGUAUUCAAUAGAAUGCAAGAGAAAGACAUAGUAUCUUGGACAACCAUGGUGACAGCAUAUUGCCAAUAUUCUGAAUGGGGAAAAGCCCUGGCCAUCUUCUCACAAAUGCGCAAUGAAGGCUUUGUACCCAAUCAUUUUACCCUUUCUAGUGUGAUUACUGCAUGUGGAGGUCUUUGUUUACUAGAAUACGGCCAGCAAAUUCACGGUCUGACAUGCAAGGCCAGCAUGGAUACCGAAACAUGCAUAGAAAGUGCUCUAAUUGACAUGUACGCCAAAUGUGGCAAUCUAAAAGGGGCAAUGAAAAUUUUCAAAAGAAUAUCCAACCCCGACACGGUUUCAUGGACUGCAAUAAUAUCCACUUAUGCCCAACACGGCCUUGUUGAAGAUGCCCUUCAACUCUUCAGAAAGAUGAAACAGUCAGAUGCAAAGAUCAACGCUGUCACAUUACUUAUGCAUCCUUUUCGCCUGCAGCCAUGGAGGAAAGGUGGAGGAAGGCCUGAGAAUUUUCCAUCAAAUGGAGGACACCUAUGGUGUGGUGCCCGAAAUGGAACACUACCCGAAAUGAAGAAUCAGUACCUAUUGAUAAUGGUAAGACUGAACUUAACAGCGGGAAAGUCUUACCCUUCCAAAUUGUUACUAUGA